UUUAUCAGCGAGGCCAUGAAGGCCCAGUAUCGGAGAGAUCAGAGUCUCACCUGAUCCGAUGUCAGCUGUGCAGACCCCAGAGCGACUUAUAGAAGUUUAAUCCAUUCCAGGUUUUACUAUGAGCUUCAUUAGCUUCUGUAACAAGCUCAGGUGUUUCUUAUUUAACUCAUAGUAAAACCAGGAAUGGAUCAAACUGCUGUGCAAUGGGAGUCAUAUUUCCCAUCCCUGCUUUGCACAACGUAAAAAUGUGGAACUGGUUGCAUUACUAGCAGUCCACCAGCAGGUGUCAGCAUUUCACAAUUAAUUGCCCAUAGACAGGUGGUGUCUUGGAUUCAGUGAAUCUCUGGCGAUGGUUUCCUCUCUCUCUCCAGACGCUCUCGACUCGUGUGUUGGAAGGUGUGGUUAUGGCACAAACCCUUCGCAUCCCUGCCAGUGUAACGCAGCAUGUGAGCGCUUCGGGGACUGCUGCUCCGACUACUGGAGUACCUGCGCAGCAGCAUCUCAGGACUCGUGCCAGGGCCGCUGUGGAGAGAGUUACAACUCCCUCAACCGCUGCCACUGCAACACCAAGUGUGGGCAAUACAGCAACUGCUGCAAGGACUACAGCAGCCUGUGUGGAGGCAGCUCCUCCGGUGGUGCCUCUAUCUCGGACUUGGAGCUGCAGUCCCUCUCCGAGCGGCUCCUCUCUCUGGAUGUGAACAAGGCUCGCCCCGGAGACCUGACCCUGAACCCGCAGAGCCUCAUCCCUGACUCUGAGACCGCCAUCCCGCAGGACCGCGCCCCACAGCCGUUGUACAGUUUUGUCAAUGAAGGUGUUCUCUUCUCCAAGCCCACCUUCUCCUCCUUCCUCAAGCUGCUGGAUAACUAUUCCCGCUUCACGGGCAGCACGGAGAGCUUCUCCUCCGAGCAGCAGGGGGAGCAGGACAGCUUCCUGAGGGCCGCUGUGAUGGGCACUGCGCUGGGCAAGGAGCUCUACAACUUCCUGUUCACCAAGGGGUACUACAGCUCCGAGGUGGAGUUCAUUCAGGAUCUCAAGAUGAUGUGGUUUGGUCUGUACUCCCGCGGGAAAGGGCAGCUUGACUCCAGCGGCUUUGAGCACAUCUUCUUAGGAGAGAUUAAGAAUAGCAAGGUAUCUGGAUUCCAUAACUGGAUUCAGUUCUACCUGCUGGAGAAACAGGGGCAGCUCAAUUACUACAGCCACAGCUUCGACGGACCGUGGACCAGUUACCCAGACGUACUGGGGCUGCAGUUUAACUGGGACGGCUACUACAAGCAGGUGGGGUCGGCGUUCAUCGGGAGCAGCCCUGAGUUUGACCUGGCCGUGUACUCCCUGUGCUUCAUCGCUCGACCCGGCAAGGUGUGCCAGCUGCGUCUGGGAGGGAAGCCCAUCGCCAUCCAGACCUACACCUGGACGAACUCCUUCUACGGGAAUGGCAAGAAAUUCAUCGCCUCCGCCUACCCUAUAUCACCCUGAGCACUCCCACUCUCCCUCUCUCACCCUGUCACUCCCCCCUCUCUCACACCCUCUCACUCCCCCCACUCUCUCACCCUCUCACUCCUUCGCCCUCUCACAAUAAAC